GUCGACCGUACCCUCUCAUACGAACAUUCAUACAAGUGCUCUUCUUUCGACAUGGCUACCGAAGCUGCCACCACAUCGCUGCCAACACGACCGGCAAAGCACUCCGACACCCACCCGCUGGCGCCGAUCAAUGCACAAGAGAUCCAGCAAGCCGCAUCCCUCGUGAGGGCUCUUUGGCCCAAAGAGACCGACAUCCACUUCAAGUCACUUACCCUCGAAGAACCGCCCAAGGUUGACUUGGUACCAUAUCUCGAAGCCGAGUUCAACGGCCAAGCUUUGCCACAACUCCCGCGAAAGGUCUUUGCGGCAUACUACUUGCGAAAUACCGACAAACUCCACGAGGCAGUCGUCAAUCUCUCUACACAGAGCAUCGACUACAACGUCCGACUCGGUCCCAACGUCCAUGGCUCGGCAGAUGGGUCAGAGCUCAUGGCUGUUGAGCAAGUCGCUCUAUCAGAUCCUGGUGUUCAAGCCGCCCUCGCAAAGCUGAAACUGCCCGAGGGCGCCGUGGUUGUGGUUGACCCUUGGAUUUACGGAGCUGAUGGCGUGAACGACGAUGAGAGGAUGUGGCAGACUUUCCUCUACCUCCGCGAUCCAGCAAAUUCAUCCGAACUCGACUCGAACCACUACGCCAUGCCUCUACCCAUCAGUCCGGUCAUCAGCCAGGACCUCAAGGUGAUCCGCAUCGACUACCUGCCUACUGGCAAGGAUGCUACCGUCGGCGAGUUGAAGCCAUGGACCUCGAAGCCUGCGAAUGAGUACCUCUCGGAGUACCAGAAACUUCGUACGGACCUCAAGCCCCUUCAGGUCGUGCAGCCGGAGGGUGCAAGCUUUACCGUCACCGAGCAGGGCACGUCUCAGAUCAUCCAAUGGCAAAAGUGGCGUUUUACGGUUGGUUUCAAUCAACGUGAGGGCAUGGUGCUCUACAACGUGCGCUACGACGGCCGCAGCUUGUUCCACCGCGUGUCGCUCUCCGACAUGAACAUCCCAUACGCCGACCCACGCCAUCCAUUCCAUAAGAAGGCCGCUUUUGAUCUAGGCGACGUGGGAGCUGGUAUCAUGGCCAACGAUCUCAAGCUUGGAUGCGACUGUCUUGGAUCGAUUCACUACAUCUCAUCCGUCCUUGCGGAUGACAAGGGCAACCCUUACGACAUGCCAAACGUCAUCUGUGUUCACGAGCAGGAUGGAGGCAUCGGCUGGAAGCACACCAACUACCGCACCGGGCGGGCAGCCGUUGUGCGGAACCGCGAGCUCGUCGUACAAUCCAUCAUUACUGUGGCGAACUACGAAUACAUCAUGGCUUAUCACUUCAAUCAAGCAGGCGAGUUCGCCUACGAGGUGAGAGCCACAGGAAUUCUGUCCACACAGCCGAUCGACGAGGGCAUCGAAGUGCCAUGGGGAACAGUCGUCCACCCAGGCGUGCUCGCCACUCACCACCAGCACAUCUUCUCCCUCCGCGUGGACCCAGCCAUCGACGGCCACCAGAACCGCCUCGUCUACGACGAAGCGCACGCCUUGCCACGGAGCGAUCUCAACCCCCACGGCACAGGCUACACCACCAACGAGACCAUCGUCGAGACUUCCGGCGGCUACGAAAUCGACUACGCCGCCAACCGCACUUUCAAGAUCCAGAACGUCGGCGUGCGGAACCCCAUCAACGGUAAGCCGGUGGCAUACAAGAUCCAUGCACCACCGUUCCAGAAGAUCUUGUCCGACAACGACAGUUUCAACUACAAGCGUGCCGAAUUCGCCGACAAGUCGAUCUACGCUGUCAAGCACCGUGACGGCGAGCUGUACGCUGGAGGCAAGUACACCAACCAAAGCCGCGGCGGCGAGGGCGUGCGUAGCUGGGCGGACCGGAAGGAGAAUAUCGUGGACGACGAUUUGGUGCUGUAUGUGCAGUUCGGCAUCAACCACAUCCCACGAAUCGAGGACUUUCCCGUGAUGCCAUGCGAAGUCAUCAAAGUCGCCUUCAAGCCGGUCAACUUCUUCUCGAGGAACCCGGCGAUCGACGUCCCGCCCAGCAGCCAGCAAUUUAACCAGAGCGUGCUGCUGAACGAGAAUCACCGCCAGGGAGCUGCGAAUGCAGAGGCCCAAAUCGGAGCAGACGGCAAGGUAUGCUGUGUUGACAGCAAGUUGUGA